AUUAUCGCUUUUAAAGUGUGAAUCUAGGUACUCCUUGUUAUUAUUAUUUAUGAGAUCCUUCAGCGCUAACAUGCUGCUCCAGGAUCGUCUGGGACGAACAACAAUCGGGGAAGCACCCGGAACAGAAGAACCUCAAGGAACAGGACGGAGACACCCAUGCACAAGCAAGUGUGAAAAACCAGGCUUCAGUUCAGUUACUUUUCGACAAGCACCGUGCUUCCUUCUUAACAAGAAACAUUGUCUGUCAGGGUAUUUCAUCACGAAAGCCUCUCUGGCAUGUCUUCUGUCUUGACUGGGAACCCUUGCAGAUAUGGCUGACCCUCUGAGAAACAGACAGCAAAGUAUUUACUCCCCAUGAUGGACGAGACAAGAUAUGCUCGUGUCUUGGAGUCAUCACGUUCCAUCCCCUCAGAUUCACAACUCCAAGAAAUGCAGCUCCCACCAGAGUUGGGCGGUCAGCUCGUGAGUGUGAAGUCGGAACCACCUGAUGUUGCAUGCCCUCCAGAAGAGAGCCAGAUGCAGCAACAGCAUCACAACGAGUCUCCAUCAGCAGCUGAUGCUUGUGGAGUUACGGCUCGGAUGUGUCGCAUUAAAGAAGAACCUCGAGAGGAAUCUUCGAAUGAACAACCAAUCAUAGAAGUGAAGACAGAGCCUUAUAAUGUUGCCGUCUUGAAGGAAGAGGACCAGAUAGGACACAACUCCGAUUCAACAUCUGAAGAUGCAAGCGACAGCACUGAUACGCUCCAUAUUAAGGAAAAGCCCAGACGCACUUGUGAACAAGAAUACUCAGGUUACCCUUCUUCAUAUGCACAGUUCAAGAUCAGCACAACAAUAGUAGAACUGCAGCCCGACAGCACUGCACUAUUCACUAUGAAUGACCAACUAACUGAGCGACAUCGAGACCAGAGCAAGCCGUGUGCACUUGCAUCCACGUCGAAAACCAGCCUCGAAUGCCACAUGUUUUCACACUGUCACAAUGAGUCUGAAAAGUGUUCCACUACUCCUCCAACGAAUAUUCAGAUGGGAGAGAAGGGUUCUGGGUGUAACAUCUAUCCCGCUGCAUUCUCGUGGUAUGGAAGUGACAAGAACCAUGUGGUGAAGCAUACUGACAAGAGGCCACACAAGAGUGAUGUCUGUCCUGCAGAGUUCAGCCUGAGCGGGAACAUACAGCAGCACAAGCGGACAGAUUCAUGCAAGAAGCCACACAAGUGUGAUGAGUGCCCUGCAGAGUUCAGCCGGAGUGCUCAUCUGCAGCAGCACAAGAGGAUACACGCAGGCGAUAAGCCAUACAAGUGCGAUGUCUGCCAUGCAGAGUUCAGCCUGAGAGGGAACCUACAGCAGCACAAGCGGACACACACGGGUGAGAAGCCAUACAAGUGCCAUGUCUGCCACGCAGAGUUCAGCCUGAGAGGGAACCUACAGCAGCACAAGCGGACACACACUGGUGAGAAGCCAUACAAGUGCGAUUCCUGCAACGCAGAGUUCAGCCAGAGCGGGCAUCUGCAGCAGCACAAGCGGACGCACACGGGUGAGAAGCCAUACAAAUGUGAUGUCUGCCACGCAGAGUUCAGCCAGAGCUGGGCCCUACAGCAGCACAAGCGAACACACACGGGUGAUAAGCCAUACAAGUGUGAUUCCUGCAACGCAGAGUUUAGCCAGAGUGGGCAUCUACAACAGCACAAGCGUACACACACGGGUGAGAAGCCAUACAAGUGCGAUUCCUGCAACGCAGAGUUCAGCCUGAGAGGGAACCUACAGCAGCACAAGCGGACACACACGGGUGAGAAGCCAUACAAGUGCGAUUCCUGCAACGCAGAGUUCAGCCAGAGCGGGCAUCUACAGCAGCACAAGCGGACACACACGGGUGAGAAGCCAUACAAAUGUGAUGUCUGCCACGCAGAGUUCAGCCAGAGCUGGGCCCUACAGCAGCACAAGCGGACACACACGGGUGAGAAGCCAUACAAGUGCGAUUCCUGCAACACAGAGUUUAGCCAGAGUAGGCAUCUACAACAGCACAAGCGUACACACACGGGUGAGAAGCCAUACAAGUGCGAUGUCUGCCACGCAGAGUUCAGCCAGAGCUGGGCCCUACAGCAGCACAAGCGAACACACACGGGUGAUAAGCCAUACAAGUGCGAUGUCUGCCACGCAGAGUUCAGCCUGAGAGGGAACCUACAGCAGCACAUGCGGACACACACGGGCCAGAAGCCAUACAAGUGCGUUCUCUGUCCUGCAGCGUUCAGACAGUGCGGAACCUUGUCACGUCACAAGCGGACACACACGGGAGCAAGAGAAAGCACCGGUACCCUCCAUAUUAAGGACAAGCCCAGAGGCACUCGUGAUCAAGUGUUCUCCAGGUUGCACUUUCUCAAAUGCGCGGUUCGAGAUCAGCAGAGCAACAGUUGAAUCUCGAUUAAACAACACUGCAGUAGUGACAAUGGAAGAUCCAGCCACGGAACGACCUCCAGACAAGAGCAAGUCAUGUGGACUUGCAUGCACGUCCAAAGCCAGACUGCAACACCACAUGUUUGCACACUGUCACAAUGAGUCUGAAAAGUGUCCUGCUACCCCUCCACCAAAUGUUCAGAUGGGAGAGGAGGGUUUUGGGUGCGACGUGUAUCCCUCUGCAUUUUCACAGUCUAUCAGUCACGAGAACCACGUGUCGAAGCGUACUGAUGAGAAGACAUACAGGUGCGAUCUCUGUCCUGCAGAGUUCAUCUAGGGCACGCACCUGCAACGCCACAAGAUGAUGCACACUGGUGAGAAUCCAUGGAAGUGCGAUCUCUAUCCUGCAGAGUUCAACUGGAAUGCGCACCUACGGCUUCACAAGCGGACACACAAAAGGGAGAAGCCAUACAAGUGUGAUGUCUGCCCUGCAACGUUCAGCCGGAGCAGUGACCUGCAGUUCUAUAAGAGGACACACACCGGUGAGAAGCCAUACAAGUGCGAUGUCUGUCCUGCAAGGUUCAGCCGGAGCGGUCAUCUACGGGAUCACAAGUGGACACACACGGGCGAGAAGCCAUACAAGUGUGACCUUUGUCCUGCAGAGUUCAUCCGGAAUACGCACCUGCAGCAUCACAAGAAGAAACACAUGGGGGAGAAGCCAUAAAAGUGCGAUGUCUGUCCUGCAGAGUUCAUCCAGAGCUCACACCUGCAGCGUCAUAAAAAGACACACACGGGCGAGAAGCCAUACAAAUGUGAUCUCAGAGUUCAUCGAGAGCACGAACAUGCAGCGUCACAAGAGGACGCACACGGGCGAGAAGCCGUACAAGUGUAGUAUCUGCCCAGCUGAGUUCACCCGGAGCGGGCACCUACGGGACCACAAGCGGACACACAUUUGAGAGAAACCAUACAAGUGCCAUGUCUACCCUGCGCAGUUCAGCCAGAGCAAGCACCUACAGCAUCACGAGCGGACACACUUGGGGGAGCAGCCAUAAAAGUGGGACCUCUGUCCCGCAGAAUACAGCCACAACGUGGGACGAGAAGUCAUACAGGAGCAUUCUCUGUUUUACAAACUCGAGGCACACCACAAACCUGCAGCUUUAUAGGCGGAUGUCCAUGGGCGUGAAGCCACAGAAAUGCAAUCUGUGUCCUGCUGUGUUCAGCCACAGUACAAACACACACUAUCCAGAGAACAAGCUGCCAGCAGAGCGUCAGCUUCUUCAGCGAGUGCGUGAACCUCAAGCUUGAGAAGUAGCCAUGAGGCACUGGGGGUAGAAACCAUGCAUUUAUGCAAGAAAGCAGCCGUCCCAGUGUCAAUUCCGUUGUCCUCUACCCGGACAUCUGAACAAGUACAUCCUAGUGCACAGAGGGGCAAUCGUGUAUGACACCACAUUUUAUUUCUGUUCGAUAUUCUGAAACUCGCACACAUGAACAGACUCAGUAAGUUUUAAAAAAAAAGUUGUAUUGAAGCUGGAUUGGGUAGUGAUGCAUGUCAGAAGUUCAACCCAAAGGAAACCCAGUGCCUGUGGAAUGACAUCUAUGGAGCGAUCACUGUGAGGCAGUUGUGUGUUGUAUGAGAGAUUAAAUGUGGUUCUGAUAUUUGUUACAUGAGACAGCGUUAGCUUUAUUAAUGAAUAAAUGUUUUCGUGACUGA